AUGCUAGCGUCACAUCAGAUCAGUCGAUUAGAUAGUAGUACUGGCACCCCUGAUAAUGAAUUUUCAGACGCCAAGGUCAUUGAAUCGUUUGUCAACUCUUACGAGAGCUCAGGGUACACCGCCUACACGAAAUUAACAAAAGCCGCCACGAAAAUUCUCACCGAGAAGCUGGAGCAAAAACAGAUAGUUUACGAAGUGUACAACCGGGGACACAAAGGCUUCGCGCAGGGAUGGGCGAAAGAUCCAGCAUCAGUUAAAAGGACGAUUCGACGGCGCCGGAAAGAAAGAAAGAUGCCGUACGAACGACCCGACGAGAUUGAGAAUGAUAUGCACGAUCUCGCAGGUCUUCGUGUUGCUCUAUACUACCCUAAUGAUUUCGAAAUGGUGGAUAAUAUCAUUUGGGAACAUUUUGAGGUAGCAAAACCCUCGCAAGACUGGCCCGAUCAACAUACCGGCCCGCGUCGGUACCGAUCUCUCGAUGGCGAGACAGAUAACUUGAGUAUAUCGGGAAGGAACAGUCGCUUCCCCGGGUAUUUCGCUCGACACUACCGUGUCACACUUCGGGAAAUGGAUGUGAGCGAGCCAGCACUUGAGGGCAGGAUUGUGGAAAUACAACUCGUCUCGCUCUUGAUGCACACCUGGUCCAAAAUACAUCAUGAGCUUGUGUACAAACCUCGACCCGGAAAACCUGAGGUAGACGAAGACGACGAGCGCCUCCUUGAUAUCUCAAACGGUUUAAUGAUUGCUGGUGAACAGGUUCUACGCCAAAUACAAAUCAACCUCGACUACAAAAAGAGCCGGGCUCGUCUCCCUUUCAGAGAUUUAGAUGACUUGUGGAGACACAUACGAGGAUGGGCAGCAGAACGCUGGGAUCGGUUGUCUGAGAAGCAAAGAAAAUUCUUUGAGCGCGGACAAUUCACAAGCCCGCUCCUUCAGUUAAGCCCCAUGCUGUAUAACUCACUUCUUGAGCUCAGAAUGAAUAAUCCGGAAUCGAUUGACGUGAUUUUCCAGGCCGCCUUUACUGCGCGGGAGAAGUUGAGCGAGUCCGUUACUGCGCAUGGCCCUUUCAACCUAGCAAACACUUGGGACCAUUUGUCGACGGCGGAGUUCUUAUAUGUGGGAUUAGCAGACGUCUCACGAGUGAUUGAGCAGGAAAACACGCAACUGAAGCUCCAAAUUCCAAACUUGCCAGUAAUCCCAGGCGACAACAGCAGGCCAUCUCGUCGGGGGGGUCAAUAUUUCGAACAGGGCCGAAUUAGGUCGCCUGGUGCGCUACUAUGCCAUAAUAAUCUGCAAUUCCUUACGAUGGUUCUACCUGCGUACGAGAUUGUUCUUCGACUGGAGUGUGUCUCAAACGACCGAUUUCAUCGCUAG